GCAGAUACAUUUCAAGACGGAGCCGUACCUAGAACUUUUUCCGAAAGAAGAACUCGUCUACUUAACAGCAGAUUCGCCAAAUGUUAUUGAGACUUUAGACGAAACGAAGGUGUACAUCAUCGGAGGCAUGGUAGACCAUAACAGGCUCAAGUACGCGUGCUACGAGAGAGCCACCGAACAGGGCAUACAACACGCACAACUGCCCAUUGGAGAGCACAUGCAGAUGAACAGUCGACGAGUGCUUACCAUUAACCACGUAUUCGAGAUCCUCACCAGGUACAAGCAAUUCAACGAUUGGAAGCAGGCGUUUGUGCAGACCAUCCCCGAGCGCAAACAGCGAGCUGGUAACUUUGAUAAAAAAGGGAAGGCCACAGCGCAGCAUAGUAAGACUGAGAGGGUCGGCGGCGCAUCCAAUAGCACUGGUGCUUCAGGACAAGCAACUAAUGAGAUAUCGAAGAUAGUCGAGGUUGAUAGAACAGACUUUGAGAAUAGCGUUGAGAAUGAUUUAGAGCAUACAUGUGGGAACCAGGAGGGACAAGUAGUUACGAAUGAGGAUGACUGUGAAAGUACUACGACUGCUAUGGUACAUACAAAUAACGAGAAGCAAAUAAUGAUGGAAAAAGUGGUUGUGGAUGAUUCUGAGAGUGUAGCUGCAGUACCAGCACAGACAAUCCCUGCGAAGAAAGGGGAUAUCGAGCUAUCUAACUCUAAUGUCGACGAGAAUGUGGCUAGUGCUUAAACAUGAUAUGAAAAUAAAGUGAGCGCUAAUGCGCUAAAUUGUCGUG